CGAAAAUGUUUGCCUUUGUUACAAAAUGGCUUCCACUGGAGCGUUCCCGACACCGCUCGUUAUGCGCCUAUUGGCAGCAUCUGUAUCUGUAUCCUAUAAAGCUGGAAAUAUUAUUAGAGAUAUCUUAAAAACCGGUGAACUAGGCAUCAUCGAGAAGGGGAGAAAUGAUCUUCAAACAGAAGCUGAUAGAGCAGCUCAAAGAUGCAUUGUAGCCACCUUACACAAGCACUUUCCUAAAGUAGCUAUUUUUGGAGAGGAGUCUUUGGAUCCAGCCAUAAGAAUUCCUGAAGAUUACAUCGUGAAGGACUUUGACCCUGAAGUGCUGUCCCAUCCAUGCCCUACUGGCUACAAGGAUGUGACUGAUGACCAGGUUGUUGUUUGGGUGGAUCCUCUUGAUGGAACAGCAGAAUUCACUCAAGGACUCUUAGAUCAUGUGACUGUGUUGAUUGGUGUCGCUGUUAAUGGAGAAGCCAAAGGAGGAGUCAUCUACCAGCCAUACUACAACUACCAGGAAGGUCCUGAUGCCACACUUGGUCAAUGUAUCUGGGGACUUGUAGGACUAGGGGCCUUUGGCUUCCAGCCCCAAAAUCCACCGGUUGGCAAAAACCUAAUUACAACCACUCGUUCUCACUCCGAUUGGAUGGUUACUGAGGCUGUAAACUCUUGUGAGCCCACAGACAUCAUCCGAGUUGGAGGGGCUGGGCAUAAGGUUGUUUUACUUCUGGAAGGGAAAGUUCAUGCCUAUGUAUUUGCCAGUAAAGGCUGUAAGAAAUGGGACACCUGUGCCCCAGAAGCUGUACUUCAUGCCAUUGGAGGCCACCUGACUGACCUCUUGGGUAAACCUAUACUUUACUAUGCAAAUGUCCAGAGAACCAACUCAGGGGGCGUAUUGGCAACUCUACAUAACCACCAGUGGUAUGUUGACAAAAUACCUGCAGAGAUCAAAGAAAACUUUAUUUCAGAUGUCCCAAGCGAUGGCAUGAUAGACAAGAAGAAACAGUUGGUAGAACAGAUUGUUUGUUUCCAUUGUGGUGGAGAUGCUGGCUCAUCUGUUGACCCUCCAGAAUUUAAUCAGGUGGACUACUCUGAUGCCUCAGCUGAUGUGUCAGAGUUAUCUAAGAAGUAGAGACCAGGCUCAAAACUGACAGCACCUGUUGUUGUUGUUGUUUUUUUUUAUAAUUAUUUUUGUUUAACUAAUUUAUUAGUAGUAUUAUAAUUAUAAUAGUAUUUCUCUCAAUAUGUAAACCAAAAAUUGAGAUGUUAAUUGUCCAUAGUUGCAAUAUCAAUUUUAUUUUAUUAGUAUGCUUUCCAUAGAGAUUGAAUAUUUUUAAGAGCUAUAUGAUUAUCAGAGACAAAUAAUACAAUCAUUCCACAAUGUUGGUAAGCUGUAAACAGAUUGAUUGGUCUAAUUUGACUUUGUUUUGAAGUUUUAUAAAAUUGAUAAUAGACCAUUUACAUGAAAUAAGGUCUGGCUUCAUUUUUCAAAUGUUUACUGAAACAGACUUACGUAUUAUAUGAUAUAUUGUUUUUUUUUUAUUAAUUUUAGAAUGCAAUGAUUCUAACUAAGUUUUGGAAGUUAUUGCAUAGUGAUUCAUACAGUCGUGAUAAAUAAAAAGCCUUUGUCUCUAAAGACCUUGUGUAUAUAAUGUAUAGUUUCAUUCAGUGAAAGACCUAACAGAUUUUGUUUUAAAAAUCAUUGAGAAAUAUAAUAUCAACACUGAGUCAACUGUUGUACAUUUCUUGACAUUUUAAAAAUACUUUUUUACUCUAUAUUUUGCUUUGCCCUAAAAUCUAGUUCUACAUUUUAAUUCUUUGAAAAUGAUAGAAGCAGUGACUAUUGUCACUUAAAUAUUGACAUUGCUUUACACUUUGUUGUCAACAAUUAUAUCUAUAACUGAAACCAUGUAUAUACUUCAUGAGAUCAGACUUGUAAACUUUACUCAUAGACUCAGCCAAAACUCUCUACAAACAUGCUUCAGGAAGGUUCAAACUUGGAAAAUUAGAUUUAAAAAUGUUUUACUUUCUCCCUGUCUUUAUUGUUUUUUAACAUGAUAUAAGAAAAAAAUCAUUAAAAAUUUUAAUAUUUUUUA